AUGAAUCAUGAAGAAGCUCGGCAAGCCGAGCCCGCCUCCAGACGAGCGCCAUCCCAGCCACAUCCCCAGAAGCCUAAAGUCCGGUUAAGUUGUGAAACCUGUCGUCAACGAAAAGUCAAAUGCGACAAGCUCGACCCUUGUACCAACUGUCGACGGUUAGGGACAAGGUGCGUCCCCGUCGAGCGCGCGCGGCUGCCCCGUGGAAGAUCGGGAAAGCUAGCUUCCGGGCGGUCCAACUACGACCCGGAUGCGAGCCUGAAGAACCGCGUCGCUAAGCUGGAGGACAUCAUCCGAGACCUAGUUCGGAGUGGCUAUAGCUUCUCCCCCCGAGCUACUACUCCUGUCCCUGAUGCGCCCACUGCUAGAGAUAAUCUGCCCUCUAAUAAUCGGUUUGGGGCCAGCGUCGACCCGCGCAGCGAUGAUGAUGAUGAUGAUGAUGACGAUGAUGGCGCCUCGGGAGACUCGGACGGUGGGGAGCACACGCCAGAUAGCUAUCUGGGAUCUGCAUUCUGGGCUAAUCUCUUGAAUGAGGUGCCCCAACUGCAUCCCAAUGAUGAGCACAGUACGAGAGAAGGGAGCCGUAAGGCCGCAGGUAACCAGCUGAAGAUGUAUCGACGUCUGCUGGCAACGGCAAGUCGGCAGCAUGGUUCAACUUCUGGAGAACAGCUGAGCCCUUCAAAGUACGUCCAGCAACAGCUCUGUCGGGUCUUUCUCGAAAGAGUGGACCCUGUUGUCAAGAUACUGCAUAGACCUUCCCUCUGUGCGUUCCUCCUAGAAGGAAAACCUUAUCUAGAUUAUGAACCGGAACAUUUGGCUCCAACCGCCCUUGCAUCCGCUGUGUACUAUGCAGCCUCGUGCAGCCUUUCAGAAGACGAAUGCAUACGCGCAUUCGGCGUACCCAGAGUAUCCUUGGUAGCGGGAUACCAAAAGGAUGUGGAACUGGCUCUCGGGCGGGCAGACUAUCUUACUACGAAUGAUCUGACGGUUUUGCAAGCAUUUGUUCUUUUCCUGGUGUCACUCCGAUCGCAAGAUCAAAGCCGUCGAAUGUGGACAUUGCUUGCCAUGGCCCUGCGCAUUGCACAAGCCCAGUCGCUUCAUCUGCCUGUCCCACCGUUCACAGUCCGACCUUUUGAACGCGAACUUCGUCAGCGUCUCUGGCAAGCGAUCGGCUUCCUUGACAUUCUAGCCUCGAUGGACCGCGAUACCGAGCCCAUGAUGCAGGCGCAUUGGCUGCAAUCCCACCCGCCCACUCACGUCAACGACGAGGACAUCUCCUUCGAUAUGCAAAAAAGCCCCGUUGAUUCUCCCGGCUUUACCGACAUGACGUUCACUAUGAUUGUCGGCAAGGCCCAUGUAAUCACCAGACUUCUAAAUUUCUCUGAUUUCACCGAGCCAUCAGUGAGCACCCUCGCCCUCCGCCAACAGCUCGUCGUCGACUUCCAACACACCGCUUCCAAACUGCUCCAUCAUGCGCAACUAGACAAGAAUCCCUUCAGUUGGUUCACCCGCUUAGUCGCGGAGGGGAUCUAUGCUUGCUUGCAACUGAUCGUCAUCCGGCCCCUCAAGCGCACGCCGCGCUUCACGCCUCCGCACGUCCAGGGCGACCGUCUCAUCGAGUUCGCCGUCAACAUUCUUCAAAAUUACCAUUCUCUUCGGGACGACCCUCGCACCGUACCGUGGCUCUGGGUCGAAUUCGCCUUCCCGCCGUGGCACGGCCUGGCAGUAGCCGUCGCGGAGCUCUGCGUUUGCGAAGACAGGGCGGUCAUGGAGAGAUUCUGGCCUACAGUCGAGCAGACCUUCAACCGAUUGGGCCGGCUCGUGGCUGAUUCGAAGCGUGGGAUGCUCUGGAAGCCCAUGGAAAGAAUCAUGGCUCAGGCGCGUGCGAGGAGAGUUCAGUUGCUCGCUGCUUCCGCCCCCACCUCCACCCUCCAUACAUGUCCCUCUUCCUCAUCGUCAUCAUCAUCAUCAUCUUCUCACCAACCAUCCCAACCGCUGAUCUCCUCUGCUGCUACUCCGUACGACUCGGAGGUACUGCAGCGGCAGCAGCAGCAAGAACAACAACAGCCGCCGCAACCGCCACCAGUCUUCACUUCAAACGUACCCACCCAAAGCGCACAGCAACCACCAGACCAGGGCCCAUCCGCUCCAGUCGAUGCCAUGGCUGCAUUAGACACCCCCGAAAGCCUGGAGAACGCCGCCUCCUGGCCCAGUGUCUGGGAUGCCGUCGACAUGGGGUACGCAAACUCCGCUAAUGAGACGACCGCUUGGAUGAACUACGAGAACUUCCUCACAGACAUAUACUUCUUGCCAGGUUUACGGUGA